AUGGCCAGCACGGUGAGACCCGAUCGAGGCUCAUACAUCUUCAGCCGGAGUGUGCAUAACACCAGGAUCGAACGACUGUGGUAUGAAGUGACCAGGGACUUCGGGAUGAAAUGGAAAGAUUUUUUCCUGGACCUUGAGGUCCACCACGGGCUGAACCACACCAACCCUAAUCAUAUAUGGCUCAUUCACUUUCUAUGGCUGGACGCUAUCAACGCUGAUGCGCAGGAGUGGGCGGGAAUGUGGAACAGUCAUCGCAUGAUGCUGCCGCAAGGUCAACCCUGCACGCCACGGGAAAUGUUUCGCUCUAGCAUGAUCCAUGAUGGCCCUCGAGGGCUAUCGGAACUGUUCACGGUACCCAUGGAGGAAGAUGUGGAGGACCCGGCAGAGUAUGGCAUCGAUUGGGUUGUCGCGCAGGACCGACAAUACAUGGAGCACCAUCUACUCCAUAACCCUCAAGAAUGGGACGCAACAAACCCCUUCAGCUCGGGCCCUCCAACCCUCACUCAUGUGCCAUGCGUGGCCCCCAAAUCGCCCCUCAACGAGGAGAGCAUACUGAUUCUACAGAGAGCGCUCUCCAAGCGUGUAGACUUGCAGUUGCGGUUUAUGGACGUUCGUUGUUUGGUGUGGGCAGAAGCGCUCAAUCUAUGCGACUAUCUUUUACGUACCCAGAAUGCAGGUUCCGCAAAUGUAGCGUUUUAA